UGGGCGGGGUCCGUGGUGUCAUGGCGGCCGUCACUAGCAGAGCGGAGCUGAUUCUGAAUAACUAGAAAGCGAGUUCCUUUGUGUCCAGCAACAUAACUCCUCUGAUCGCCAUCAUUUUCGAGGACCAUAUUAUACAACUCUAGAAACCAACAUGGGGACUGUCCACGCCAGGAGUCUCGAUCCCCUCCCAAUGCACGGACCCGAGCUGGGGGUUCAUGUCGAUGAUGUGGACCUGGUGGAAGUGCAGCCGGAGACCAAGCAAGAGAUUCUUGAAAACAAAGACGUUGUAGUGCAACACGUACACUUAGAUGGCCUGGGAAGAACAAAAGAAGACUUUCUGACACAUGAGAUCGCAGACGUCUUCACUGCCAAGAACCUCAUUGACGUCAUGAAGAAGUCCCACGACGCCAGACAGAAGCUGCUGCGCCUGGGAAUAUUCAGACAGGUGGAGGUGGUCAUCGACACCUCCCAAGGGGACGGCGCCCUGCCCAACGGGCUGGAUGUGACCUUCGAGGUGACGGAGCUCAGGAGGGUGACGGGAAGCUACAACACCAUGGUGGGAAACAACGAAGGGAGCAUGGUGCUGGGCAUCAAGCUGCCGAACUUCCUGGGCCGGGCGGAGAAGCUGACCUUCCAGUUCUCCUACGGCACCAAGGAGACGUCCUACGGCCUGUCCUUCUUCAAGCCUCAGCCCGGAAACUUCGACCGCAACUUCUCUCUGAACGUGUACAAAGUGACAGGGCAGUUCCCCUGGAGCUCGCUGAGGGAGACGGACCGCGGCGUCUCCACCGACAUUAACUUCCCCAUCUGGAAGACCAAUCACACGCUGAAGUGGGAGGGAGUGUGGCGGGAGCUGGCCUGCCUGGGCCGCACGGCGUCCUUCGCCGUCCGAGAGGAGAGCGGCCACACCCUCAAGUCCUCCCUGUCGCAUGCCAUGAUGAUUGACACCAGGAACUCUGCCAUCUUCCCCCGGAGAGGUGCCUUGCUGAAGAUAAACCAGGAACUGGCUGGCUACACUGGGGGCGACGCCAGCUUCCUGAAAGAGGACGUGGAGCUCCAGCUGAACAAGCGUCUGUUCUGGGACUCGGUCCUGUCUGUCUCGCUGUGGGGGGGCAUGCUGCUGCCAUUCGGAGACAAGCCCACCUGCAUCGCGGACAGGUUCUACCUGGGCGGCCCCACCAGUGUGAGGGGCUUCAGCAUGUACAGCAUCGGCCCUCAGAGUGAAGGGGACUACCUGGGCGGGGAGGCCUACUGGGCGGGCGGGGUCCAUCUCUACACCCCCCUGCCCUUCCGGCCGGGGCGGGGCGGAUUCGGGGACCUCUUCAGGACACACUUCUUCCUCAACGCUGGCAACCUGUGUAACCUGAAUUAUGGUGAGGGGCCGCAGGCUCACCUGCAGAAGUUGGCGGAGUGUAUCCGCUGGUCGUACGGAGCGGGGAUCUUACUGCGCCUGGGGAACAUCGCACGACUGGAGCUCAACUACUGCAUUCCCAUGGGAGUCCAGAGUGGAGACAGGAUAUGUGACGGCAUUCAGUUUGGGGCAGGGAUCCGCUUCCUGUGAUGUCAUCAGCUACCCAGUUCCUACAGAGAAUUGUGGGAAGAGUAGUUUUUUUCCAUUAUUAUUAUGACUGCCCCCCUUUUUUAUAUAUUGUAAUGAGUGGAGCACUCCCAGAGGGACAAAGCACGCACCUGGCCCACAUGGGCCAGUCACAGUCCCUGUCGUUUUGGCUUAGCCCUGCCCCUUUAUUUACUUUGAACAAAUCAUGUACGCCGUGUGUUUGAAACCAGCCAAUCAGAUGACUUGUGCAGAGACCGAGACCUCCGCUCCAGGCACUUCCUACCUCCUGUGGCCAGUACAUCAUCAUCGCACAACAGAGCUGUAAUCCUAAAGCCGGGCGCUAGGACAGUCUGCCAGAAUAACACUACACCUGCCAGCUCACCCCCAGACCAGCCGCCUGACUGGACCAGUAGUGGAGAUCUCGCCACCAGUGUGCUCUUAUACGUCCUAUAUGAAUGUUGUCUGAAUGCUUAUGCACAUAAAUAAAUCUUUUUUUUUUUUCCACCCA